AUGACCAAGACAGUCAUCACUCUCGGGGCCGGAUGGGCAGGCCUCCCCCUAGUCCACAAGCUCCUCAAGUACACGGCCCCCAAGACAGACCUCAAAGUCGUUCUGGUGACGCCAAGCACGCACUCCUUCUGGAACGUGGCAGCCACACGCGGCAUCAUCCCCGGGGUCAUCCCUGACGAGCAGCUCUUCCUCCCCAUCAAGGAGGUCUUCAAGCAGUAUCCGCCAGACAAAAAGGAAGACGGCUCUGUUCAGCAAUUGCAAUACGACCAGCUCGUCAUUGCAACGGGCUCUCGUGUCACCAGCGGACUGCCUCUCAAACCCCUCGGCGCCCAUGCGUCGACGCUUUCCGCAUGGCAUGGUUUGCAGCAACGAAUACAGGCGUCCAAGUCUAUCGUCAUCGCGGUUGCAGGUGCCACUAGUGUCGAGGUAGCUGGUGAGCUUGCUGCAAAGUACGGCUCGAGCAAGCAGAUCACCCUCGUCAUGUCUAAGAGCAAACCUUUGAGCGAUCAGGGAGGCACUCUCGCGUCCGUUCGCCGUGCCAUUGACGCCGAUUUGCAAAAGCUCGUUGUGCAUAUUGCGCGCGGAGCCCGUGUCACGGACGAUUCGGACAGUGGAAGCCACGGGCAGACUAUGGUCCGGUUGUCCAACGGCGCAGAGCUCAAGACAGACUGCUAUCUGCCUCUUCAUGGUAUCAGGCUCAACGCAUCGUUUGUUCCUGAGGAACUGUUGGAUGAAAUGGGCAAUGUCAGCCAAGAACCUACGAUGAAAGUCAAGAACACCAAGAACAUUUGGGCCAUAGGGGAUGUCGGAUCCCUGGAGACCAAGCAGUUGACCGUCACGGAUGCUCAGAUCAUUCACCUGGCGUCGAACCUUGAUGCGGUCUUCAUGGGCGGUAGAUCACCGACGCCGUACACGCCCAGUGACAAGACAACGCUGUUUGUGUCGCUGGGCACCAAAUUUGCUACUGGCCAGAUUGGGAACUGGAAGCUGUUCGGCUUUGUGGUUUCGUGGGGUCAAGGGGAGAAAACUACACUCGAUCUGUCCCAUCUCCGCGCAAAGCACGUCGCCAUGGCUUCGAUACGCACACCAAUUCUCCGUCACCUGACACAACCGACACUGCGCGCAGCGCGCUUCGUCACACACCAGCGUCGCUGGGCUCAGGUGCACGAUGUGCGCUUCCUCGCCACGACCCGUCCUUCGCAGGACGUGCUCGACCGAUAUCGCUCGAAACUCGACGAAAAGGCACACAGCGAAGGCUUCGAGUCCAUCGACAAGCUCAAGUCUGCCUAUGCCGACAAGAUUCGUGAGGCGCACAAGAGGGACGCGGUCGACUUCCCAAUCCCCCAGGCGCCCGAAACGCCCGUGAAGCAGCCAUUCCGAGGGCCAUUGCCCGGGCUCGAGACCCCAGGGGAGGCAGGAGAGGCCAACGGAGGCAGGAUCCCCCAGGCACCAGAGACACCCGUGACACAGCCAAACGUCGAAAGUCCCCUGGGGCAGCCCGAGAUCCCCCAGGCGGACGGCACCCCCGUCACGCAACCGAACAAAGGCCAGGAUGCUACGCAACAGGCGGCGCGCAGGGCGUCAGGUGCCGACAAGGCCCAGAUCAAGAUGCUAGACGACUACAUUAACGUGGAGAAGGUGCGCGACCUGCCCGAGCCCGAGCUCACGGCCAUCUGGCGCCUGCGCCACGCGCAAUCAGAGCACAAGCUGUGCGCCGUGGCCCCAGCAGCGGCGUACCGGACCAUGGAGCAGGCAGCGAGGGAGGCACCUCAAUUCGUCCUCCCCGUGCCGCACGAGGGCCAGGGGGCCGAGAUUCACUUUGUGCAGUGGACGUUUGACGCGCCCUCGCGGACGAGCACGGUCCUCUUCACGCAGCUGGCCGAGUACAAGGCGCGCGGGGAGUUUGCGCAGCCCCACACGACGGUGACGCACCACCUCGACCUCGCGGACGAGCGUGGCCUGGUGUUCAUGCAAGGCCAGGUCAUGGAGGGACGGGGCAUCCAGCCCGAGCAGGCCAAAUGGCUGGUGCUGUGCCUGCAGAGGUUCUACGGAGGGUGGGAGGCGGGCGAGGCCGAGGUCCAGGGCGAGAGGAAGCAGAGGGCGGAGGAGAGGAAGAAGCUGCUGAGCUGGUUUGCGAGCGGUGACGAGCGCUUCACCGUGGAGAAGCUGCUCGAAGAGGCGGAGAGGAUGGGCUGA